AUCUCUCUUCGUUGCGUCGCUGCGAGAAUGCCGCUCAGUUUGUCGACUGAAGGCUGUGAGUGCGGAUGCCUCGACGCUGUUGCGAGGGCCGCAGACCGCCGUAACUGCUGCAGCACCCUAGCCUUCUUUACCGACGUACUACAUCGCCUGGCCAGAUAGCGUGGAGCCUCCCUGGGUCACGCAUGGUCAUUGCCACGAUGGAUGGACGCCCAGUGCAAAUCUUACGAGUCAAGGAUGGCCACAGCGUCGAGUUCAACGAAAGUGAGCUCGAGCGCAUCCUCUUGUCUGACCACGUGAAAGACCGGCCGGUCGUCGUAAUAUCGGUCGCUGGGGCGUACCGACAAGGCAAGUCCUUUCUGCUGAGCUUCUUACUGCGGUACCUGAGGAACAAUGGUGGAUCCAACUGGAUGGAAGACACAGACACCCCUCUCAGUGGCUUCCAGUGGCGACCGGGCAGUACUCGCGAGACGACGGGAAUCCUGCUUUGGAACGAAGUGUUUUUGAUGACCAACUCGAAGGGUGAGGAGGUGGCGGUUUUGCUGAUGGACACCCAAGGGACCUUCGAUUGCGUGUCAACCAUGAAAGAGAGUACGACGAUAUUCUGUCUUUCCAUGAUGGCCAGCUCUGUGCAGAUUUACAACGUAAUGAACAAUAUCAAAGAGGACGAUCUGCAGCAUCUUCAGUUUUUCGCGGAGUACGGAAGGCUCGCGCAGAAGGAAAAUGAGGGACACCCCUUUCAGAAGCUCUUGUUUCUGGUUCGUGAUUGGAACUGGCCGUACGAGCGGGAGUUUGGUUCUAGUGGUGGCAGAUCGCUCAUCGCGAGUCGUCUGGAGAUAAAAGAUGGGCAAGAUACAGAGCUCGAGACUUUGCGGCAGAGCAUCCUGUCUUGCUUUUCGGACAUCGACUGUUUCCUGAUGCCCCACCCUGGAGAGAAGGUGGCGUGGGAUGAAUCGUUUGAUGGUCGUCUUGCAGACAUCAACGCAGUAUUUCGGGAAAAGCUUUUAGAGUUCGUUCCUUCCAUCCUGGCACCGGAAAACCUGUUGGUCAAGGAAAUUAAUGGACGGAAACUAUCUUGCCAAGAUCUGAUGAUCUUCUUCAAGGCUUAUGUGGAUGUCUUCAAAGGAGGCGAUUUGCCGAAGCCGACAUCGAUGCUCCUGGCUACUGCGAACGCAAGCAACAUGGCUGCCAUGGAAAAAGCUAGGAAACAUUACAUGUCUGGAAUGACAAAUAGGCCUCGAAGAGACCUGGAAAAACUGCGGGAGUUUCAUAGUGGUCUGUUGGCAGAGGCGCUAAAAGUCUUCGAAGACUUUCCAAAGAUUGGCAGCGACGCGAUGUCUUCCACCUCCAUGAAUACCCUCAAAAAGGCAAGGUGUUUAAUAUUAUUUUCUGUGUAUUUUCCGUCAAUGAAAAUAUUUAGGAAAAUACUUAAGCAUAAUUAGGCUGAAAAGCACCAGAUACAAUGUGAGGAGGCAACAACAGAUGGCACGAGUGUAAACUUACAGAUGGUCGUUAUUGUCACACAAAAAAUUUAAAGCAUUACACCAUUACUAAAGAAAAUAU